GUGUAGCGCGGAACAUGAAGCGAUUUUUUUUUUUAAACAGUCGUUAGCUGACAUGCUAAGAUCAUGUAACAUGCUUAAAUACUCGAUAACUAAAAGUCUAAACUAACAAACGACUUUAUUAACCUCAAGUUUAAGCGCGUACUUCAAGACGGUGUUCGCGUUAGCUGGCUAGUUAGCUACCGGUGUUACGGAUUAACGAGCGACCGUGUUAAACGGCGACCUUUGGCGGGGUUGUCAUAGUUACCACAGCCGUUAAAAAUUUAAACGACGCUGUUGUUGUCAAAUAAUGACACGAGUCUGAUUUAUAUAACCACGACAACCACGGAGGCAUUCGGCUGAGGGGUCACCAGUUAACACGGUCGCGUGUUAAAGCGGAACACCGGUUGGUCGAUAUUAUCCUGUAGCGUCGUUUUAAAGCCUCGUUUGGACACUCGCACACGUGUUCGGGUGUGUAUGACGUGCUCCAACGUUAGUCAUGGAUAAAUGUCACAUCUGCCUGAGCUGCUUCGAUGGACAGGCUGUGGGCUCCCUGGAGAGCUGUGCACACGUGUUCUGUCAUCAGUGUAUCCUGCAGUGGUCUCAGACGUCAAACACUUGCCCGGUGGAUCGGAUCAGUUUUGCGUUCAUCCAUCAGAGGCGACGUCCCGGAGGAGACGUUCAGAAGAAGAUCAAGGUGAGGAUGCAUAAAAAAGAUGAUGACGAUGAAGAGGAGGAGGAGAGCGGUGCUGUUAUCUGUGAGGAGUGUGGACGCAGCGACCGAAGGCACCGGCUGUUAGUGUGCAUACAGUGUGAUUCAGGGUAUCACGUGGACUGCCUGACACCGUCAUUUAACACGAGACCUGAAGGUGACUGGAUUUGUCCCGAGUGUGCGGUCAGUCCUCAGCGUACAGGAAGUAACAGUCCCCGUACAGACGGCUCCAUGGUGGUGGAGGAGGAGAUCAGUGAUGGAGAACUCGCAGACCUUCUCGCUGAAGCAGAUGAAACCACAUCGACCAGCAGUCGCCUUCGGCCGUCCACCGCGAACCGUUCCAGCAGCUCAGCUGAACGACGCCACAGCCGGAGGAUCCAGAACAGAGCGAGCAGUGAUCCUGAUCCUCGGCCUCAAACAUCCUGGCACGUUCCUAAAUAUCUGUUAAAGGCUGCAGACGAAGAAGCUUCACCUCGUCACAGUGACACCAGCAGCAGCAGCACUGCUUCAGUCACGUUAAAGUCGAGAAAAGGGAAGAAGCGUGCAGCUUCAUUUCCUCACAGGAGACGCCGUGGAUCGCCCACCGACUCAACAGAUUAAAGAGCUCCUGCCUGAAGCGACCACGAGGUGGCGGCGUCGUGUUUGAACUGAACUGAGCAGAAACUCUCUGCUCUUCUUUGUUUGUUUUGCUUUAACUAUUCUGUACUUUUAUAUCCUUCAAUAAAUCUCAUGUAAAGACCAA